AUGACAGAGCCUUUCACCUCCUGCUGCAUCGGUUUCAGCAGGCCAUCGCACCACCACACCACCCCCCUUCCCAAAUUCAGACCCCCCCUUCCCGGGGUGCCCCCUUCCGCCCGCUCGCUCCUGGGGGGCAUCCUGUCGACCCAGGGCUGGGGGAGCCCCGGGAGGCCAAACUGCAUUUCUCCUUUCAAGACCCAGGAGGCGGAGCUCGGUGACCUCGCAACUAAACUCCUGCUGCACUACUCCCCCAAGGUUUGUCGGAACCCCAUCUGUCUGGACCUGUCCCCCAACCUCCUCCAUGGGCGUCUGACUGGGAACAAGGUUGUCAACUGGGACAUCAAGGAUAUGAUCAACUGCGUGGGAGGUCUACCUGUCCUCUUCCCCAUCCUGGAGCAACUCACCCUGUUGACCCCUGAGAACCACACCGCUGCCGACCCCACGGGGUCAGAGUUCAUCAGCCCCACCCCUGACGUGGCCUCCUCCCCUGGGGACGGGGACUGGGUCAUCCUGCCCUCCAACAGGUCCUCGGAGGCGCGUCUGGAGAAGAACCUGGUUGCCACGUUCCUGCUGGUGCUGAAGCACUUCCUGCAGCGUCACCCCAUCAACCAGGAGAGCCUGCUGCACUCCCAUGGAGUAGCCACCCUGGGGGGACUGAUGCAGAAGCUGCCUGCCAGUCUGGUGGAUGUGAGUGUCUUGGUGUCUGCUCAGCUCCUAGUGGAGCAGGUUACCUAUGAAAAGAACCAACAGCUGCUGCAGCAGCUCCACACACACCUUCUGUUCAACUUCAGCAUCUGGAACCUGGGAGACUUCCCCCUGCGCAUCGGUCAUAUCCAGUACAUGUCCACCGUCAUCAAAGAAAACAGGAAGCAGUUCCGGAAGAAAUACGGAGUUCAAUUUCUACUGGACACCAUUCGCCUUUACUACGGUAAGAAUGUCAGCAGGGAAGGAGAUAUUAGUGAAGAUGACAAUCAGACCAUCCGAGCGUCCCUCUGCGGCCUCCUGAAGUAUUACAUCAGCAAGGGUAUGACCCAGGAGGAGAUGCACAGCAUUCUGGGAUACAUCGCCGCCAUCGGAGACGAGGAACAGCUGUGUGGAGUGAUAGAGUUGCUGCUAAGUCUGCUCCAGACCAGUGCUGCCAGGGACCAGCUUUUCCUGCUGCUGUUUGAGCCGGGGGCGGCCGACUCCUGCUACGCCCUGCUGCUCAACACCAAACACUCAGACCGCCUCCGAGAGCUCGUCUUCAAGAUGUUUGACCGCAUGCUGCGCUGCGACCGUGUCUAUGAGAAGAACAAGCAGAGGCUGAAGCUGAGGGAGGUGGGAUACUCCGGUCUCUCCCUGCUCUUCUCUGACCUCCARGUCACCCCCUCCCUCGUCAAGAGCCUGCUCAACCAGGUGCUCCACACAGAUCAUGUGGUGAGCUACAAGGACCUUAUGGCCCUGGUCCAGCUGACUCACCGGGCCGGGCCCAGCGUACGCCUGCUCGUGUGCAAUAGGCUGUACCAGCUCCUCCAGUCUCAGCAGGACGCGGCGCGGGAGAUCUCCAGACAGCUGUGCUGGCAGGAGACCCUGAUGAGGCUGUUCCUGCGCUCCCCCUGCGAGGGCGGCCCGGGCCGGGGCGACGCUGCCAGCGCCUGCAGCCUGGACCUCAACCUCAGCCGGGGCAGCGGCAGCCGCCUAGAACUGCCCCUGGAGAGGAGGGGCCGAGCAGGCAGCYCCGGAAGACUGGUGGAUGAAGACCGCCUCAGCAUGAGCUCCAGAAAAUCUGUGGAUAGUCUUGAAAACGGGGAUGUACUUUCGCUUCUGGACACGCCCGUUAGUCAGAUUGGGGAGGGCCAGUUGCUCAAGCCCUGGGCCUCUGGGGGAGGGAAAGCAGGGGGUUUGAGUUUGGACCUGUCCCACAUGAGUGCCUAUGAGGGCGGGGAGAGCGGCAACCAGACGCCGGGGAGCAUGGUCAGCACGCCAUCGCCGCUGAUGACGUCAGCCAAGGRCUUCCCAGAUACCUCGUCGGCGUCCCUCACCGAGGACAGCUUCCUGUUCAGCGACAACGUGUCAUUGGGGGAGUCGUUCAGCUGUGCUGAGCGGACGGAGGAGGAGCUGUCUCGCAUGCUGCUGGAGAUCGUGCUGUGCGUAAUGUGGCGAGGCGUGGAGGGCUCGGACGAUGCCGCCUGGCUGGAGCGGGGGCAGGUGUUCUCUGCCCUCACCAAGCUGGGCACUACCAACGAGCUUCUACUGCCUGUGGACCACAUCAAGCUCAGUCUGAUGGAGAGGAUGCUGGAGUGGGCUGUGACUGAUAACCGGGAGGCGACGGCGGCCAUGUUGCCCCAGCACACCGAGAACGCUGUGCGGCUGCUCCACGUCGUGCAGGACUUCCUGCAGGCCGAGGGCCUGGUCAACCCCACCCUGUGGACAGAGAAGGUCCUGGAGGAGACAGUGACUCUGAUGGACAGUCUAAUGGUGUGGUACUCGUCAGGGGCCCAGUGGCUGCAGCUGUCCCAGGUGGGCCUGAGGCUUCUGCUGGGCUUCAUGGCCCAGGAAGACCCCCAGGUGUGUGCCUUGGCCACAGCCAAGCUGAACGGCAUCCUGCAGACCAAGAGCGUGGAGACUCAGGACGAGGCGUGUUACCUGCUGGGCAAGGUGGAGGGCAUCCUGAGACGCUCUGUAGGGGGGCAGACAGAGGAGACCUAUAUGUGCCUGGUGCCCUUGCUCCGCACGCUGCUCUCCAAGGUGAACAAGCUGCUGUACAUGGAGCUGCACCUCCCCCAGCUGCCUGACACCAACGGCAGCCCCUCCUUCUUCGAGGACUUCCAGCUCUACUGCAACUCCCCCGAGUGGAGGGUCUACCUCGACAAAUACAUCAUCCCCUACAUGAAGCAGUAUGAGAUUGAGACGUUUAGCCAGGGUCACGAGACCAUGGCUCUGUUCUGGAAGGAGUGCUAUGAAAGCUUCAUGGUCAACCUGCACAAGAGAGAGAGGGAGAGGGGAGAGAGCAAGAUACGCUUCCAGGAGCAGUUUGUGGAGCCCUUCUCUCGGCGCGGCCGGCAGGAGAACCUGCGAUACAACAGCAUGCUGAAGCAGCUUCACAGCCAGCACAGUGCCGUCCUCAGGCAGUGGAGAGGAGCACGCCGCAGCCUGGUGUGUGAGAGAGGCCCCUGGGCAGACAGGCAGCAGAGUGAGAUGCACUGGCGAGUGUCCAGCGCGGAGAACUACUCCCGCAUGAGACUCAAACUGGUGCCCAACUACAACUAUGAGGACCACCGGCAGGCCAGCGCUCUCAGGGACAACCUGGGUGUCCAGCAGCAGAGGGUGACAUCUGAGUCCUUACUGCUGGAAGCGGUCAAGCAGGUGAAGGUCAGCGACCUGGAGGAUGACAUUCUGGAGCUGCCUGAAGACGACCCRGCAGRGACCAACAACACGGGGGAGGUGGAGGAGGCAGGCCAGAAGGAGAAGCUGGUUCUGUGGGAGGACUGUGAGCUGGUCACCCAGGUGGAUGUCAGCCCUGGACGUCUGGAGCUCACCACCCAGCACAUCUACUUCUAUGACAGCAGCACAGAGAAGGAGGAGGGUGUUGGUCAGGACUUUAAGUGGCCUCUAUCUCAGAUCCGGGAGAUCCACCUGCGAAGGUACAACCUCCGCCGCUCGGCCCUGGAGAUCUUCCUCAUAGACCAGACCAACUACUUCCUCAACUUUAAGAAAGAGGUGCGGAACAAGGUGUACAGUAGGAUGCUGCUGCUGCGCUCCCUCAGCCUGUACGGCACACGCUCACCACAGGAGCUGCUCAAGGCCUCCGGACUCACACAGAAAUGGGUGAACCGAGAGAUGACCAACUUUGACUACCUGAUCCAGCUGAACACCAUCGCGGGCCGAACCUACAACGACUUGUCUCAGUACCCAGUGUUCCCCUGGAUCCUGUCGGACUACACGUCAGAGGAGCUGGACCUGACAGACCCAGGGGUGUUCCGGGACCUGUCCAAGCCAGUGGCCGUACUCAACGAGCGGAACGCCAAGACUGUCCGGGAGAAGUAUGAGAGUUUUGAGGACCCCACGGGCACCAUCGACCGGUUCCACUACGGUACCCACUACUCCAACGCAGCAGGAGUCAUGCACUAUCUCAUCCGCGUGGAACCCUUCACGUCCCUCCACAUCGCGCUACAGAGUGGACGGUUUGACUGUGCGGACCGUCAGUUCCACUCCAUCCCGGCUUUGUGGCAGACCCUCACGGACAACCCCAACGACGUCAAGGAGCUCAUCCCAGAGUUCUUCUACUUCCCAGAGUUCCUGGAGAAUCAGAACGCCUUUGAUCUAGGGCGCCUGCAGAUCUCUAAGGAGAGGGUGAAUGAUGUCAUCCUGCCUAAAUGGGCCAAGUCUCCAGAGGACUUCAUUUAUAAGCACAGGAAAGCCCUGGAGUCUGAGUACGUGUCGGCCCACCUGCAAGACUGGAUCGAUCUGAUCUUCGGUUACAAACAGCGAGGCCCCGCGGCCGUGGAGGCACUCAAUGUCUUCUACUACUGCACCUACGAAGGGGCGGUGGACCUGGAUGCCAUCACUGAUGAGAAGGAGCGUAAAGCUGUAGAGGGGAUGAUCAGUAACUUUGGACAGACACCCUGCCAGCUGCUCAAGGAGCCACACCCUGUACGUCUUUCUCUGGAGGAGGUGGAGAAGAGGAAAGGUCGACUAGACGCCUCGCCCCUCAGUAUCUUCGAGCACCUUGCCGAACUCAAGUCCUUCUUUGUCGAGGGGAUCAAUGACAACGUGCCUCUGGUGAAAGCCGUGGUGCCCAAGAACCAGUCCCACUCCUUCAUCACCCAGGGCAGCCCAGACACUAUGGUGACCCUGAGUCAGAACUGUCUGAUGGGAACCCACGGCUGGCUGCCUUAUGACAAGAACAUCUCCAACUACUUUACCUUCAUCAAGGACCCCACCGUGGCCAACCCCAAGACCCAGCGGGUCCUGGGUGGGCCCUUCUCUCCGAGCGUGGAGGUGACCGCAGGUCUGUUUGUGGUGUCACAUGACGGGAAGCUCCUGUUCAGCGGUGGCCACUGGGACAACAGCCUGAGGGUCACCUCCCUGGUCAAGGGAAAGACUGUGGGACAUCACAUCAGACACAUGGACAUAGUCACGUGCCUGUCGACAGACUACUGUGGGAUCCACUUGAUCUCCGGAUCCAGGGACAACACCUGUAUGGUGUGGCAGGUGCUGCAGCAGGGAGGUUGUCCGGUGGGGCUGUGUCCCAAGCCGGUACAGGUGCUGUAUGGACACACUGACGAGGUGCUGAGCGUCAGCAUCAGCACAGAGCUGGAUAUGGCCGUCUCUGGAUCACGGGACGGGACGGUGAUCAUCCACACGGUGCGUCGGGGCCAGUACAUGCGGUGUCUCCGGCCGCCCUGUGAGAGCUCCCUGCCUGUCUCCAUCCUGCACCUAGCUAUCUCUUAUGAGGGGUGUGUGGUGGUUCACACCUGUGUAGAGGGCAAGGCCACGCUCAAGGAUAAGAACGGCCUGCACCUGUACUCUGUCAAUGGGAAGCACCUGUGUACGGAGGGCCUGAAGGAGCAGGUGACAGACAUGUGUGUGUCCGGGGAGUACCUGGUUAUCGGCAGCGAGCAGGGCUUCCUCUCCAUACGAGACCUGUACAGCCUGUCCCUGUGCGCCGCCCCCAUGGCAAUGCGCGUGCCCGUGCGCUGCGUGUCCGUCACCAAGGAGCAGAGCCACGUGCUGGCGGGCCUGCAGGACGGCAAGCUGAUCAUUGUGGGCGUGGGAAAGCCGGCCGAGAUGCGUUCAGGCCAGAUCACUCGUAAGCUGUGGGGCUCCAGCAAGCGCCUGACCCAGAUCUCCUCUGGAGAGACAGAGUACCAACCAGCCUGCAACCAGAACUGACCCCCACAACCACCCCUUCCACCCCCCUUUCCACUACCACCACACCCCCUCACCCUGCUGCCUGCCUGAUUGGCCCGCCAGCCCUGCCAAUCAUCACAGUUUACCCAAUCAGAUUGAACCACCCCUCGUUUUGAUUGACUGAUGACUGUUUUGGGGGAAUCUUACUCUCCUUUUCUGUUCCUCCCUCUGACUUGAAGGACAGACUGACCCACGAGUGGAAGACAGGGGGUGUGUGUGUGUGUGUGUGUGUGUGUGUGUGUGUGUGUGUGUGUGUGUGUGUGUGUGUUUUUAACUGUGUGUAAAGGUUAGGCGGAUGAGUAGGGCAGGUCAGGACGCACCAACCGGCGCGGGCGUCGAGUUUCUGAUCCUACUGUAGGUGCACACAUCCCCUCACCCUCCCCUUCAAUGACACCCAUGGCCAUUACUCUUCAUCUUCCUCCAUCAUCAUCACUAGCACGGUCAGGCCAGUGGCUCCCACUACUACAGAGACCCUCUAUGCAGACACACACUACAACAGUCUGAGCUGACCUCUGACCCCUCCACCUGUCAGGCCCAUGGAACGAAGGGGAUCCCCAACGUAGAAAUGUAAUUACUCCAAUGGGAACACUUAACCUGAUUGACGGUCCACCCAUCCCAUAACUCUGACUUCAAUGGGAAUUARAUUUCUCUGGUCAUCAAGAUAACCCACUUUUCUGGGCCCUGAACCUGAGACCACUGAGCAGUGUGUGUGUGUGUGUGUAUGUACGCUCUUUGUGUUUCUGUGUGUUGUCUCURGCUGGUUGUUUUCUCCAGUGGUCUUUGUUGACUUGGUUUUGCCUUCCAGUCUGACUAGGCUGUGACCGAUGCCUCAGGGCUCCUAUGCAGCAUUAAGGGGCUAUGUUCAGUCACAAUACAAUGUUUUUGUUUAGUUUUUUUUGUGUUUGAUGUUACUGAUAAUUGUAGUUUUUUUUUUUUUUUACAGAUGCGUGCAUGUGUAUAAGGUCUGUGGUUAGGUUGUGUUUUGUGUGGCAUUUCCAGCCCACUCCUCAUUUAGUAUAGAGGACGGGGCCCUAAGGUAUCCAACACUCGUACUAAGCCUGACACACACACACUUGUUUGCUAAUGUACACAUGCAUAGACCCCUCCCUAUUGGAGAAGCCUCUGACUGCGUUCCAUGUCAUCUCUAUUGCAAUCUCAGUAGAUUUCUAUAUCACAUUUAAUGUGGUUCCUGAGACGCUGAACACUUCUCCAGGCGUUGUGAGAUCUGAUAAUCGGCAAUAAAGACAACCUGGAACGCACCCAAAGUCCGCUAGUUUGACACUACAGAAGAAGAGAGAAGCCUAGUGUUGUAGAAUCACUAGCUACCCCAUACCGUGCCCAAAGGACUCGCUCCCCUCGAACACUACACUCUUACACACACUGCAAGCUUCUCACACAGCCCAUCACUACACUUGUGUUAGACCGCAUGUUUUGGAGGGACGAACCAUACUGAACCUGGCUUAGUGUGCAAUGUUUAGCGCUAGAUUCAUCCUAGAAUGUUUUUAUGUUACUUGAAUCAAUGUUUAUUUAUGAAUGAAAACUAGUUUUUUUCCCCGUAGGCUAUUUAAAUUCACACUACAUUAUUUGUAUGUUUUUAAGUGGUGCUUCAGUUGUUCAACYAAGAUUUAUGCGGCGAAAAACUAAAGACGGUGGAUCGAUCCACCUUUCAGAAUGAGAGGGGAGACUUUCUAAGGGCUUUUGAGAUGUCAGUGUUACAGCAAUAUAGUUCCUUCCUCUGCUCCGCUGACUGUGCAUUGGUACAUUCCAGCCUCUUCUUGUCAAGGCUGAACUAAAAAAAAAUCUCCAGUCUUCCUGUUUUUUCUGACAGGGACGACGCGAUUGGGAGAUGAGACUUAUUCUGCCAAGGGACGGCCCAAACGGCUGUCAUCUUCCAACAGUCAGAAUCACCUCAGUGUUCCUCCUCCUUCCAUCAUGGUCUCUUAGUUGGGAGCCAUGUCAGCUAGUUAAGGUCCUCUGGAGUUCCAUAAAUGCAGUAACGUCACUAAACGUGUGUCUGUGAACCAGGCCUAAUGUGGCUUUUGAGAUUUCAUGUGUGUUUUUAUGUCAAUGUUUGAGAUUAUGAAUGAUUUCACCCCCCAUUGAAUCCUUAUGGUUGUUAUGCUCCUGUCAAAUCAAAAUGACAGUUUGGUCGGGGUAGGUCAUCUGUUGCAUAAUGUGAGUGUGUUUGUUCAUGAUGACAAUAGUUUCUUAAAAUGCCAAAUUCCUUAUUUCCUUGUCAUAUCAUUUGCCUUCUUGAUAAUAAUUCAGUGAUUCUGGUUCUUAUCUAUCAUGGACUUAGAGUCAUUCAUUCUGAUUCUAUGGUAGUUAUAGAUUAGGGAUCAGACUUCUAUGUGCAGUGUGGUUGUUUUUGGUCUUAAGUGUCUCCGCAAUCUGUCUGGAGAUUGCAAUCACAGACCAACGUGUGCCCUUUUUUUUUAAACAAGAGGCCGUUUCAAUAUAUGUUUAUUUUUAAUUGUUUAUGCUGAUGUGUCUAGAUGGCAUACUCCUUUAAUCKGUUUCCAUUCUUAUCAGGAUGUGUUAAUCAUUUUUUCCAAAGGACGUAUUUAAUAAAUGUUUCUAUUUUUGUCAAUCUUAGUUUGUCAGUCAGACACCACUAUCUUGUUUUAGGACUUUCUUCCAAACCCACCACUGAAACAGUGCCUUUUUAUCCACGUUGCAUCAUACAGACAAUUAUCCGGUUAGUGUGUAGAAUUCCUUGUUACCCCUCCCUCCAUGAUAACCCAUGGAUAGCAGCAUUCCACAAACUUCACAUCCAAUAGGAACCAAGAAUCUAGAACUGUAAACAAAGUAGACUAAAAAUCWGAAAUAUAUUGGUGUCUUACCUUAGCUGCUUGCUCUGUGACUGUCACCAAAAUGGAUGUGUGUGUGUAUAUCUGAUUUAUAAAUACUGGUGUAUAAUGUACAGCAUGAUUUUUAUUUUAGUGGAUUUUAAAUMUACUUUUUGCACUUUCCAGGUACUYAAUUGUAAGUGAUUCUUUUAAAUGUCUCCCUGGUCCAUUCUGUACAGACAAACUGCUUUGUAUACACAAGUGGAAAGUAAUCAUUAAAGUCUUGUCAAAAAAUGUAA